CCCCAAGAUGGCGGCGGGUGCGUGCGUCCCGGUGCGGGUCUGUCACCAGGAGAUCGUCAGGUUCGACCUGGAGAUCAAGGCGGCCGUGCAGGACAUCCGCGAGUGCCCGGGGCCGCUGGGCGCCCUGGCCGAGCUCAACGCCGCCGUCAAGGAGAAAUUCCGCCAGCUCCGCGGCCGCAUCCAGGAGCUGGAACAGAUGGCGAAGGAGCAGGAUAAAGAGUCGGAGAAACAAGCCUUACUGCGGGAAGUGGAAAACCAUAAGAAGCAAAUGCUCAGCAAUCAGGCAGCCUGGAGAAAGGCAAAUCUAGCUUGCAAAAUUGCUAUUGACAACUCUGAGAAAGAUCAGCUGCUGCAGGGAAGAGACUCCUUAAGACAAAGGAAGACUACAAAGGAAAGUCUGGCAGAGAGUGCAAGUAACAUCACGGAGAGCCUGAUGAGCAUUAGCAGAAUGAUGUCGCAGCAAGUCCAGCAGAGUGAGGAGACUGUGCAAACCUUAGCCAAUUCUUCACGAACCAUCCUGGAAGCAAAUGAAGAAUUUAAGUCUAUGUCUGGGACAAUUCAGCUGGGGAGAAAGCUAAUAACGAAGUACAAUCGCAGGGAACUGACGGACAAGCUGCUCAUCUUUCUCGCCCUUGCCUUAUUCCUGGCCACAGUGCUCUAUAUUUUGAAAAAAAGACUCUUUCCAUUUUUGUGAAAUUCCAAAGCUAAACGGAACUAUUACAAAAGGUCAGAAAGAGGUGAACGGUAGGGUUUUGAAAUAAAAUAAUAAAGGGAUAUUGCAAUAGCGGAAAGAGUGUUAAAGCAGGCAUGACUUUAUACUCUCCCCAUGGAGCACGCUACCUACCUAAGAAGAGCUUAAAUGAGCAUGGGAAGAAGCAGGUAGAUCAAGGUUUGCAAAGAGGAAACACCAAUUUACCUGUAGGUCUGAGGAACCAGGCAAACACUUGAGAAAUGAGACACUCAAAGGUACCAGUCUUAACUUUCAAUCUCUCUUUGUUUUGCCUUGAAAUUAACUUUUGUUCUCCGCUUGGACUGGAGCUGCUUUGGCAUCUGUUUGUAAGGUGCUGAGAUUAAGAGGAAGGAUGGAAGAGAAAACUUGCUUACAUUCCAUUAAUACACUAUUUAUUGUAUCCAUGUAACCUGAGUUUUAUUUAAAAAGAAAAUCUAAUGGAUUGAAAGAGCCUGAAUAACUGUAAAAAUUCUGCUUAAUACAGAAUCACAGAAUCACAAGGUUGGAAAGGACCCAUUGGAUCAUCGAGUCCAACCAUUCCUAACACUCCCUAAACCAUGUCCCUAAGCACUUCAUACUUAACAAUAAUGGUUGCUUAUGGAUUGUUUUUUCUAGGAGGACAGCACACGUGCAGUCUGGUGCUCUUCCUCUGGCAUUGGGAGGGCUCUGGUCUAAAGCAAAACCAGGAGCCUGUUGUGGUUAAUUCAUACAAUGUACUUGAGAAUUACAUGGCAAAUCAGUUGAAAUCAAAAGCCUUUUUGCUUCUUUUCUUUAUAGAAUUCCACUUAAUACUUCAUAUUUGCAAAAUACUGACAAGUUGUAGAUUUGGAAGUUUUUCUUGCUCAUAUUGUUGAUCUUUUCUCAGUAAAGUCUUUUACAAUGAUUGCCUUCCCUGUCUUUUGUGCUUUAGUAAUGAGAGGUAAUGUGUUUUAAUGAUGUAAAUACGAACCUGCCACUCUCCAUGUAGUACCUUGAAGUAACAAAAACUGCACUGCAGUGUACUUAAAAUGGAUGUUGCCUUCCUCUUUGGAAACUGUUUCAUGGCUUCUUCAGAGCUUGGCGUGAAAGCUGAUGCUCUGUUUAGGAGAUUUUCACAGAAUGGUUAAAUACUGCCUUACUUUAGUAGUUGAAAUUAACCUUUUUUAAAAGGUAGGGCUACAUACGUCAUUAGGAAACACAAUGUCAGGCAAGUUGCAGUUUGUAAGUUUAUGUAAAAUUUUAGGCUGGGUUACCUUUAGAGUUAAUUCUCAAUAGUAGGUUAAGAGAGACAAGUGACCAGGUAAUUAUCAUGUCAUUGUAGUAUUCAUUUACUAGAUCUUAACCAGUAGUCACAAUUUACCAUUUUGCUAGCAGCUGCUUGGUUAAAUACCGAAGUGGCAGUGGGUUGUGGUAAUCCAAGCUGGUGUAUACAUGUUGAAGUGGUGAUUGCGUGGCUACGUGCACAAGCAAGAAAAGAUGGAAUUUGUCAUCAAGUUCAAAAUCAAGGGCUCUGCCUGGAGAGCUGAUACCUGAGCCUUUUUUCCUGGGAUAGUAGGAAAGGAUGUGGAAACCUCUGCACUUGGACUGGUACAUCCCGCAGAGGGCACUACUGCAUGGGAGUUGGGAGCGGUUUUUUGCCUUGGAAGUCCUGUAAUAGCCAGACUAGAUAGACUGGAUGUGGCUUUUUCCAAAUCGUUUAUUCAUUGUAUUUCAGUGCAGCAUUCCUAAGAGCCUUUCCUGAGAGACAGAAUUACACAAAGAUUGAAAUAAAUUGAUAAUGUACGUGCUUUAGUUUUGAAUAGGAGAGAAAUUACUCAGCUUAAAAAAGAAAACAUUGCACAAAGUCAGUGCAUGUGUGCUUUUAAUAAUCAUAAAAGCGUUGCUUUGGAAGAAGUUUUCUGAUGAGCAGGCUGCUAACCAAGGAGAGUGUUGUGUAGUCUGCAGGUUGGGGUCACAGUGGAGCAAGUUUCAUCCAGCUCUGCAGUAGUGGCUGUUGCAUUCACACCCAUCAGGCUCCCUCUGGAGCUGGCUCAUCCCUUUGCCUCUCUCUACAGACAUACAAAGGGUGAUCAAAACACAUCCACCUGUCCCCCCAGUCUUGGAAAAUAUGGCUUUAAAUACAAAUAAUAUUGAAUACAUGAAGAUUAUUUAGAUUAUAAAUACAUUUCAAGUGAAUGGCUGUGUAGCAGUUCCUAGUUUACAAAUCAAUAGUGUGGUGCCAUUUUAUGCAACUUCUGAGCAGUGAAUAAACUUCUCUUUACAAACUUCUUGCUACUCCUCGGCCAGCUGUAGCAGUGGUGCUUUGUUUUUUCAGUUAGCUCAAACCCAAUAUUGUCUUUCUGAAACACGGCACCUCCAGGUGUUUGAACGCUGGCGGCCUCAGUAUUUCUUCCCUCGUGUGGAUGCAGUAUAAAAAUAGGUUGUUUGCUAAACCUUUGAGAUACUGAGACACUAAGCAGAGGCGAGAGCACUGCUGUAAGCAGCGAUGCAGUGUGACUGUCUGCAGGAAGUUUCAUGGGGUUUAUCUUUGCUAUGUGUUCCUGUCAGAACAUAGAUCAACCUUAAAAAAACAGUGGCUUUCUCAGAGUGCUGAGAAGUACAGUAAAGUUUGUUUUAAAGGCAGGUUCUUUUUGGAUGGUGAUUGUAAUGUAGCAAUUUGAGGGAUCAUAAAGGGUCUCUUGCUGAAUGUCUUGGGUUUUGCUUGUUCUUAUCUUCUUACUUAAAUAUUAGCUUUCAGACCUUGACCUGCUAGAAGACUUUGAGAGCACAAAAUAACU